AUGGCUGGUUUACCUAAACAUUAUGAGUCUCCAGAACCUAAACAUUAUGAGUCUCCAGAACCUAAACAUUAUGAGUCUCCAGAACCUAAACAUUAUGAGUCUCCAGAACCUAAACAUUAUGAGUCUCCAGAACCUAAACAUUAUGAGUCUCCAGAACCUAAACAUUAUGAGUCUCCAGAACCUAAACAUUAUGAGUCUCCAGAACCUAAACAUUAUGAGUCUCCAGAACCUAAACAUUAUGAGUCUCCAGAACCUAAACAUUAUGAGUCUCCAGAACCUAAACAUUAUGAGUCUCCAGAACCUAAACAUUAUGAGUCUCCAGAACCUAAACAUUAUGAGUCUCCAGAACCUAAACAUCAUGAGUCUCCAGUCCCUUUUACAGUCCCUUUUAUACCAAUAAUAACCAAUUAG